UAUCAAUUUCGGUAACCUAUUUAGUAUUCAGUAUUUCGUAUUUUUGUCAGUUGAGCUUUUGGGUCUCAGUUGAGAGCACGCUCUGCGCUAUUUGCAACUUGUAUUUAUUUUGAAGCUGUUUGGAACCAAACCAAUCAUCAUGCCUGAUGUCAAGUACUACUACUUCCCCGUUAAGGCUCUCGGUGAGAGUGUUCGUCUACUCCUCGCUUAUGGUGGCCAGGACUUUGAAGACAAGAGAAUUUCCGAAGAGGACUGGCCUGCGUUUAAGCCAUCGACACCUUUCGGUCAAAUGCCGGUACUAGAGAUCGAUGGUAAGGCUUACGCACAGAGCACUGCCCUCUCCCGGUACCUGGGCCGCAAGUAUGGCCUCUCCGGAGCCAAUGCUGAAGAGGAUCUGGAGAUCGACCAGAAUGUCGACUUCGCUAAUGACGUCCGUGCGAAGGCCGCUACCGUCGAAUACGAAACCGACGAGGAAUUGAAGGCCAAAAAGCACGUGGAAUUCACUAAGAACGUCUACCCGGAGUUGCUUGAGAAACUGGACAAGAUCAUCAAGAAGAACAACGGACACAUUGCUGCUGGCAAGCUCACCUGGGCAGACUUCGUGUUCGCUGGAAUGUUCGACUACUUAAAGGCAAUGCUCCGAAUUCCAGACCUAGAAAAGAAAUACCCAAGCUACCAACAAGUGGUUGACGCGGUGUACACUCUGCCCAAACUCCAGGUCUACAUCAAGAAUGCACCAAAAACUGAAAUAUAAAAUAGACAAUAUUUAUUUGUUCAUUAAGUUUUAAUUUGUUAAUAAAUCCGAUUUCUCAAGUUUGUUAUAAUACAAAAGAGUUUUAAAUUAGAACGAGCAAAAAUAAACCGAGUUAUUACUGGCCACUAAUUCAAUAUUUAAAAAAAACAUAGUACAGUCUGACGUAUGCUCAGAAGUUUUCUGUCGGAUAUUUUUCCCAAAAUUAGUUUACAAAAAAACUGCAUUUAAUAAUUUGUAUUAUUACGUCAUUGUACAAUGUGCUUUAAUAAUUUAAGUGUAUAUUUAAUGUAUAAAUAAAAAAUAACCAUAU